GCAACCAUAAAUCUCGCCUUACGAUUGUGCAACGCUCUUAUAGCCUCAAGAGCUUCAAACGAUUCGCUUCCUAUCGAGUACCGAUUGAAAUCUGACAGAAUUAGAAAUAGAGUGACUUUGCCGAUAGCAAGAAAUAAAUCUUGUCAUAUUCGCAAUAUCAUCUUCAAAAGAAUUGUUGCCCUUAAUAUUGAAACUACUGAUAACCAAAGUGUCAAAGAAACCAAUGAGAAAUUCAUAAUACAAUAA